GGCGAUAUGGCCUUUUUUCCAGCGGAAGCCGGAGCUUUUUGUUCUUCUUCCAUCUCGAGGCUGUCGUUGAGGUAAUCCACAAUGACCAACUCCAAGGGUUAUCGUCGAGGAACGAGGGACUUGUUCUCCCGCAAGUUCCGCAGGCAUGGAGUCAUUCCUCUCUCCACGUACAUGAAAGUGUACAAAGUUGGCGACAUCGUUGAUAUUAAGGGUAACGGAGCUGUGCAAAAGGGUAUGCCUUACAAGGUGUAUCAUGGAAAGACAGGCAGAGUGUUCAACGUCACCCCCCAUGCUCUCGGAGUUAUUGUUAACAAGAGGGUGCGUGGAAAGAUCAUCCCCAAGAGGAUUAACAUCCGUAUUGAGCAUGUGAACCACUCCAAGUGCCGUGAGGACUUCUUGAACCGAGUGAAGGAGAACGAGCGCAAGAGGAAAGAGGCCAAGGCGAAGGGAGUGACUGCUCUGCUCAGGAGACAGCCUGCCCAGCCCAGACCAGCCCACAUUGUCAGAACCAAGGAGCCUCCCAUCAUGUUGGCACCCAUCGCUUACGAGUUCAUCGCCUAAUUGUUUUAAAAUAAAGAUUUUUAAAAACAUU